AUGUUCAGAUACGCCUUGUUCUUCCUGGCGUCCAUUCUUCUUACAAUCUCCUACGCUAUUCACGAGCCUAAACAACAUUUUCUGUACCCUCCCCCUAACGGAGACAUUCCCCAAAUGCUGUCAGAAGGCGGGUGGUACGGUGAUUUUGGCGUAACCUGGUUUCCCCGAUCUGAAUUCGGUGGUAGCACAGGCGGCAUUGUACAUGGCUGGCCAGCUAAAGGUGGUUUUUACUCCCGUCUCUGCUCCGUAGCGGAGCUUGAGUUCUUGGGCCUUGACCGAUUCGAGCCGUCCGACAAACCAGAUGACCCUGAGAAUGAGGAAGCUCACUGCGCCAAAAUGCGUCAGUUAGGAGCAAAUUGGUUUCGUGACCCUGACCAUAAACUACGCUUUGGACGGAAGUAUCGAAACAAAGAACCAGAUGCACCACUUUUAUUUGUCGGUUGGCCUACUAGUGGUGGUGUUUGGACCCUUGAUACCAACUUCUCACAAUGUGCACGGAAGGGAUUGGCGAGAAUUGACAACGCAUUCACAAUGGAAGAACGCUGCAAGGUGAUUGAGAAACUCGGGGGGACAUUCUAUGCCGAUCCAAAGGAUUGUCCUCAUCUAGACCUUGAUGGUUCUCAAGAGGGAGAAAAUAUUAAAAGCUACUAG